AUGUCAACCCACAGCCCAAGUCUCUGGACAAUACUCUCCGAAACCUCCCGCAUAAUCAGAGCCCACUUCCGCCAUUACUUGGCCCUCUCACUUCUCUUCAUCUUCCCUACCUCCAUUCUCACCUUCAUUUACCCCUUCCUGUUGCACCCCGCUUCAUCUCACGACCUCCAAAUCGCCAAAUCUCAACUCCUCAUCCCACUCAUCUAUGGCUUUCUUGUAGUCUUCUCCUCUCUCUGCGCCACCGCUUCUCUCACCUACACCACCUUCCACGGGUUCUACGGCAGGCCCGUCAAAUUUCUAUCCUCGCUUAAAUCGAUUCUUGUCUCGUUUCUCCCUCUUCUAGCUACCCGCCUCGUUGUCCAGUUAAUUCUAGGACUGCUUAUCUUUGUUUUUGUUAUUCUCAUGCUGUUGGCAUACAAUGGGCUUUUGUUAUUCGGGUUUGAAAUGGACUACGACAGUAAAUACUUCCUGGUUUUUGUGAUCUUGAUGUCGGCUUUGCUUGUCGGCCUGUUGGUCUACCUGCAAGUGGAGUGGAGUUUGUCGAAUGCGAUUGUUGUUGUGGAGUCUAAAUGGGGAUUUGCACCUUUGAAGAGGAGUUCUUAUUUGGUGAAGGGGAUGAGAAGAGUCGUGUUUUCGAUGAUCGUUCUCGUUGGAAUCGUGGUUGGGCUGUUCUCAAUGUGGUAUUCCAGGUUGUUGGCGAAUGCAGGUGGAGGAAUCAGUUGGUGGAUUGUCGCUCAGAUGGUUGUUUAUGCUAGUUUACUGACCAUGGUGUCGCUUUAUAGUAUGGCUGCUACCACUGUGUUAUUUGUAUAUUGCAAAAUGUCUCACGGGGAAUUGGUGUUUGAGAUCGAUGAGGAGUUGGGCGGGAUGUAUGCAAGAUUGCCUGGUGACGAUGGGAUGGUUUCUUCUGUUGUUUAUGUUGUCCAGCAGUGA